AUGCACUCAUCACCUGCAUAUUUGCUGCUUGUUACUUCGCGGACGCAACCAUGCCAGAUUACGAAAGCUAAACGACCUGACUCUUUCGUCUUCACCUAUUUACUUCGACUCCGAGCAGUUCGACAUAUAUACCGCUGGGAAACGCCGCAACUACUCUUUAGUGUUGCUUCUAACAGCCUUAUCGCAUCAUCGAGGGAUGCCCUGCACCAAUUCGAGGACUUGUCAAACUCUUGGAGACGUUCCAAGCACCGCAAUGAUCAACUAUUUUUGGCUGUCAUCGACUUUGAUAGGUCCCCCGAUGUUUUCGAAAAGCUUAAGCUGAAUAAGGCCCCAUCAAUUGUUCACAUUGGGCCUCAUGGAGUGGUCAGUCCCUCUGACCACAUGAACGUUGAGCAGCUUGGCUACAGUGCCGAGGCAAUCGCUUCGUGGAUCGCAGAACGCACGUCAAUAAGAAUUUACGUGGUUCGCCCACCAAGUUACGCGUGGAUCAUGCUGUUGGCGAUUUUCCUUACUGCUGGAGUCGCCCUCUUGUGGUUCAAGCGUAUCGAUGUUAGCUAUUUUACCAACCCUGCUUUAUGGUGCGUCUUAUCUCUGGGAGUUAUUUUCUGCGGUAUCUCUGGACAGGUGUACAACCAGAUCCGUGGUCCACCACUUCUACAUGCCACACCUAACGGCGAAAUAGUAAGUUCAUUGAAGUUUUGGCAGUUUCAGAAAGCGUUUAUUUAUCCAGGUUCCGAUUAUCAAUUCGUGGCAGAAACGAUCAUCGUGAUCUUUCUCUAUGUCUUAGCUACAGUGGGCAUUUUGUUCAUCCAUCAAGUCGAUGGGACUGUGGAAGCUGGAAGGAAAAAGAUUCUCAUAUCCGCUGGAUUGGUUUUGUUUUCGGUGGCCUUCAGCCUAGUUCUCUCUGUGUUCAGAAAGAAGUACCAUGGUUAUCCUUACAGGUAUGCGUUUCUUUGCGCAGUCACUGCUUUCUUUAGCUUUCUGUUUUAG